AUGGAGACCAAAGAGCUACCAAAAACAUCUGGCCUAACCUACCCCUAUUUAUUUCUUCCCCUCCUGCCACAGCCGUAUUACACAAGCUGGGAUUCAUCCAACUCUGGACCCUGGGUUGAGGCUGGUGACUUCCAGCACUUUGUCCCUGACCCCCAUGUGUACCCCCAGAAACAGGACUUCACCCCCAUCACUCAGGGCCAGGCGUAUUACGGCCUACCUGCCCAGCCGUAUUACUCAAGUUGGGAUUCGUCCAACUCUGGCCCGUGGGUUGAGGAUGGUGACGUCCAACACGUUGUCUCUGCGCCCCACGUGUACCACUUGGAACAGGACUUCUCCCCCAGCACUCAGGGCCAGGCAUAUUACAGACUGCCUGCACAGCCACAGCCAUAUUACGCAAGUUGGGAUUCGUCGAGCUCUGAACCGUUGGUUGAGGAUGGUGAUGUCCAGCAUCUUGUCCUUGCCCCCAAUGUGUACCACCAGGAACAGGACUUCACUCCCAUCACUCAGGGCCAGGCGUAUUACAGCCUGCCUGCCCAGCCACAGCCAUAUUAUGCAAGUUGGGAUUUGUCGAGCUCUGAACCAUGGGUUGAGGAUGAUGACGUCCAGCACCUUGUCCCUGCGCCCCACGUGUACCACCAGGAACAGGACUUCAGCCCAAGCACACUGGGCCAGGUGUGUUACAGCCCGCCUGCCCAGCCGUAUUAUGCAAAUUGGGAUUCAUCCAACUCUGGACCGUGGCUUGAGGCUGGUGACGUCCAGCACGUUGUCUCUGCGCCCCACGUGUACCACCAGGAACAGGACUUCUCCCCCAUCACUCAGGGCCAGGCGUAUUACAGCCUGCCUGCACAGCCGUAUUACCCCAGCUGGGACAUUAUUUCCUGCUCUGGACCGCAGGUUGAAGCUGGUGACCUGCCACACCCUAUCCCAUCCUCCCACGUGUACCACCAAGAGCAGAUAUUCACUCCCAGCGCUCAGGGCCAGCAGAUAGAGCUUCCAGGGAUGGCUGCAGUGUCAGAGGACCAAAAUUGCAGCUCCAUGCCUGAAUAUCUGGGGACCUAGUAGAAGACAUCAGGGCCACAGAUCCAUAGACCAAGUCCCUACUGAGUUAUAAUGGACUUUUCAAUAAGGAUUUACAUUGUCAAAACAAAGCUUCCAAGAUUUUUCAUGCUUACAACACUUUAUAUUUUUUAUAUAUACAUUUUUUUUUUUAAGAAGAACAUAUUGAAAUCAUUCUCACAGCUGGAUCGGGAAGUUGUCGCAAGGUUGCGAUGGACUUUAACAGGAAACAUAGCAAGCACAUCACACACACGAACGACAUUGUUGCCAAACUUAUUAACAAAUUCAAAUAGACUACAGACCAACCGAGAAGUGGACGUCCACGAACAUCCACUGACGAAGGCACAACCGACGUGGUGCUGUCAAACAUAGUCCCUUAUGUAUGGAGACUUUUGGAACACCCUGUAUAUUCCCCAAGUAACUGAUUUACUACAAAUCAAGGACAGACAAACAAACAAACAAAAUAAUAAUAAUAAAAUCUGGAUUAAAAAACAUCUGGUGUUUCUAAUAUUUUUUAUGUUUUCUGAAACACUAUCCCAGAGGUUGAGAAUGAAAAUUCUUCAUUGUCUGAAUUGUGAGUAAUCAGGAUUAACAGUGUAUCAGAUGAGUGAAGCGCUCAGGAUGGACCAGGAUGCUUCAGGACAUCAGAAAAAUCUUUGAAGCAAAACAAUUUGGAUCUUUAUAAAUAAGACUUUGUAGUCAAGCCAAACUUAACGAAAGGCAAA